AUGACGGCAGAUUCGGCGCCCACCGUGGCCCAGCUUUCAAUUCACUCCACCACGAGUGAGGUGUCCAAGUAUCCAAAUUGCUACCCCGCUGUCAACCCCGUCGACACAUACCGCGUGCAUGUUGCGGAGCUCGUAGGGGCGGCGCUUGGGAUUGAUUCUCUGUCUGUGUACCCCAAAAUACAAUGGACAAACUCUCUAGAUAAAGGAGAUUUAGUUCUAGCGGUCCCCGCUCUACAAAUUAAAGGCAAGAAGCCAGCAGAAGUUACGGCACAGAUUGUGGAAAACCUUCCUCCAUCAGACCUCAUUGGCACACCUGUUGUCUCAGGCACACAUAUACAGUUCUACUUCAAGCCAGAACCCCUCACAAAAACCGUUAUCAGCUCCAUUCUGAAGAACAGAGCAACAUAUGGCACAAACGCGAACGUCGGCCUUCGGGAUCCUGCUGACCCGUCAAAGGGCAAGAAGAAAAUUAUUGUCGAGUUUUCAUCUCCCAAUAUCGCGAAGCCGUUCCAUGCUGGCCAUCUCCGAAGUACGAUUAUCGGAGGCUUCUUGGCCAACCUCUACACUGUAAUGGGAUGGGAUGUGAUCAAAAUGAAUUAUCUUGGUGAUUGGGGAAAGCAAUACGGUCUCCUGGCAAACGGUUAUGAAAAGUAUGGAAAUGAGGAGGAGCUGAUUAAGGAUCCUAUUAAUCACUUGUUUGAUGUCUAUGUUAAAAUCAACAAGGACGUGGCCGAGCAGGAGGUUCCCAUUAAGGAACUCAAAGAGCAGAUUAAGCAAAAGAAAGAAAAUAAUGAGGAUACCACUGAGUUGGAGAAGGAGCUGCAAGCCAAGGUUGAUGUCAGCUAUGAUGAAAAGGCGCGUCGGUAUUUCAAGAGCAUGGAAGACGGUGAUGAAGGAGCCCUCGUGCUCUGGAGACGAUUCCGCGACUUGAGUAUUGAGAAGUACAAGGAAACCUAUGCCCGCCUCAAUAUCGACUUCGAUCGCUACUCCGGUGAAUCGCAAGUUAAGCCUGAAAGCCUUGCCAAGGCAUAUGAGGCCAUGGCAAAAACGGGAGUCUCAGAGGAGUCUGAGGGCGCUGUGAUUGUCGAUUUUGCUAAGCAUGGGGCGAAGAAAUUGGGCAAAGCGAUUGUGGUUCGAAAGGAUGGCACACCCCUUUACCUGACUCGAGAUAUUGCAGCCAUUGUCGAGCGAGAUGAAGAAUUCCACUUCGACAAAAUGCUCUACGUCGUUGCCGCCCAGCAGGAUCUCCAUCUCGCGCAGCUAUUCAAGGUCACCGAGCUUGUGGGUCGGAAAGAUCUAGCGAACCGAUGCCAACAUGUCAAUUUCGGUAUGGUUCGGGGAAUGAGCACUCGUAAGGGUACUGUUAAAUUCCUCAACGAUAUCCUCAAGGACGUUGGCGAGAAGAUGCACGAGGUGAUGAAGAAAAACACUGCCAAGUACGAACAGGUUGCGAAUCCUGAACAGACAGCUGAUAUCUUGGGAAUCACGUCGGUGAUGGUCCAGGAUAUGAGCGGUAAGCGGUAUAAUCAACGGCUACGAAUUCAACCUAGAUGA